CUGUAUUCAGAUAGCGAAAUAUUUGAUCAUUACAACAGUGAUUAUCUACAUUAGGUACUUUAAAAUCACUUAAAAAUUCUUUGUUACCAAAGUUUUACUAAUCCUCUAAAAGAAGUUUUCUUGUUAAACUUAAUUUAUAAUUUUAUUAAAGAUCAUUUAAUUGCAGUUUAAAAUGAGUAUGUACGGUGAUGUUCAAGAGGCCCAGCCUAUUGAGGUCUUUCAUCUGGUGAAAAUGUUCACCGAAGAUAAGAAUCAGCUUAAAGUGAAUUUAUCUGUAGGAGCUUAUAGAACAGAAGAAGGUAAACCUUAUCAUUUGCCUGUUGUGAAGAAAUCCGAAGCCAUUGUUCUACAAAACACAGUAAAUCAUGAAUAUUUGCCAAUAUUGGGCUUAGAAUCCUUUACCAAAGCUGCUUCUUCGUUAUUAUUGGGUGAUAUUAGUAAACAACUGGAGGAAGGAUCUAUAUUUGGUGUUCAGUCACUUAGUGGAUCUGGAGCUUUAAGAAUUGGUGCUGAGUUUUUAGUAAAACAUUUAAAUUGUACGACAUUCUACUAUUCUUCUCCUACUUGGGAAAACCAUCAUUUGAUUUUUAUGAACAGUGGUUUUAAAGAUGCCCGAAAGUAUCGUUAUUGGAAUACAGAAUUAAAAUCAUUAGAUACUGAUGGAUUUUAUGAAGAUUUGAAUAAUGCUCCUGCUCAUUCUGUUAUAAUAUUACAUGGUUGCGCACAUAAUCCUACGGGUAUUGAUCCAACAGAAGAGCAAUGGAAGAAAAUUGCUGAAAUAAUAAAGGAACGUCAGUUAAUACCAUUUUUUGAUAAUGCAUACCAAGGGUUUGCAUCAGGUGAUGUAGAGAAAGAUGCAUGGUCAGUUCGUUAUUUUCUCAAACAAGGAUUUGAAUUUUUAUGUUCUCAAUCAUUUGCUAAAAAUUUUGGCUUAUAUAAUGAACGAGCAGGUAAUUUAACUUUUGUUACAAAUUCAGCUGAAAUCGCUAAAGCUGUUAAAUCACAAGUAACAAUGAUUGUUAGAGGAAUGUAUUCAAAUCCACCAAAUCAUGGUGCACGAACUGUCAGUACAAUACUAAAUGAUACUGAGCUUAAAAACGAAUGGUUGUUAAGCUUAAAAAUGAUGACCGAUAGAAUUAAGGAAAUGAGAUCUUUGUUGAGAGAAAAGUUAGAAAACCUUAAUGCACCUGGAAAAUGGAAUCAUAUAACAGAUCAGAUUGGAAUGUUUUCUUAUACUGGAUUAAAAGAGAGUCAUGUUGAAUAUUUACGAAAUAAAUAUCAUAUUUAUAUGUUAAGAUCAGGGCGUAUAAAUGUAUGUGGUUUAAACAAAAACAAUAUAAAUUAUGUAGCUGAAGCUAUUAAUGAGUCAUUGAGAAUUUAACUUGAUAAAUAUUUAUUUUCAAAAAUUAUACCCGAUUUUGUUAUUAUUUUGAUAGUAUUUAUAGGUAUAUUUUGUUUAUGUUUUUCCUGGAACUUGAAGUGAUAACUUUUUUUAUGUGAUUUGAUAUCUUUCAUUUACUUAAAUAAUAUUUGUAUGUCUAAAACUCUGUCCAUUUAAUAUAGGUUUUUUGUUAUUAGUUUCGUACAAUUAAUUAUAUUUAAAUAAAUAAUUUAAGAAAGUAAUUCUAGUAUAAAAAUUGAAUAGUGAGUAAUUAUUGUGCUAUAAAAGUUUAGUUGAAAAAAUUUUGUUUAAUAAAUA